CAAAAUUGCGGAAUGAAUGAAUAGAAAAGAAGAAAAAAAAAAAGAAAGAAAGAAGAAUAAGAAGAGGGCCGGCCUCCCCAAUUGACAGCCCAGCUCAUUCUUAAUUAAUCCUAUCAACAUAGGAGGACUUCGUCAAUUAAUAUAUUAAUUUGUCAGUUUGCUGCUGAGGCCGCCUCCUCUAAAUCAGCUCAUAGUCUUGAGUCCCAUCUGUGUUUAUUCAUGUAUGCUUCGCGGAUGGGUUGCGCAGGCUGGAUUCCGAUGCUAUUUUUAGUGUCGUGCAUGUUUGCCACGUCGUCGUUUGGUGACAACAAUGCAGUCAUUCUCCUAGCGUUCAAGAAUUCCCUCUCUAAUCCCUCUAAACUUUACAACUGGAACGACACAAUUAAUAAUCCAUGCAGCGGGGACACUGCGAACUGGGUGGGUUUGCAUUGCAGUGAUGAUAACAUAGAUAAAUUGACUCUCGAGGGCAUGGAUCUAUCGGGGAAGAUUGACAUAGAUUCCCUCGUGCAGUUGCCUAAACUGAGGGCUUUGAGCUUGAAAAACAAUAGUUUUGAGGGUCCAUUGCCUCCGGUGAAUAAACUCACUUCCUUGAGGGCCUUGUAUUUGUCGUACAACAAAUUCUCGGGUAUAAUUCCUGACUAUGCUUUUGCUGGAAUGAAUUCUUUGACUCAACUUUAUUUGGGAAACAACGACUUCACUGGUCCAAUCCCUUCCUCGCUUGUUCCUUUGUCCAAGCUGGUAAGACUCAGCCUUGAGAAUAAUCAGUUUCAAGGAGAGAUACCAGACUUUCAACAGGAAUUCACUUUGUUCAAUGUCGCAAAUAAUCACUUGACGGGUCAUGUUCCGGUUGCCCUUGCUGGAGUCGAUCCAUCCCUUUUAGCAGGGAACGAUGGCCUAUGUGGAAAGCCGCUGCCGGCAUGCAAGUCCUCAAAGAAGAAAACCAUAAUAGUAAUAGUGGUAGUAGCAGUGGCUGUACUUGCGUUAGCCGCUAUAGUUGCAUUUGCCUGUUUCCGAGGCCGCCGAACCAAAACGACCCAGGCGAAGCAGCUCCAAGUCCAAGGAACUCAAGCCCAAACAAAAUUUUCCGUGAUGGCCCCAAAACACUUUGUUGAAUCGUCCGAUCACGAUCAGCAGGGCAAAAACAAGGGCCUGUUGAAUUUCGUUAGGAACGAUAGAGAGAGAUUCGACUUGCAAGACCUUCUAAGGGCCUCUGCUGAGGUUUUAGGAACUGGCAAUUUCGGGUCCUCCUACAAAGCAGUACUUUUUGAUGGGCCAGCUAUGGUUGUGAAGAGGUUUAGGGAAAUGAACAAUGCAAACAAGGAAGAAUUUUAUGAGCACAUUACUAGACUGGGAACACUGUCACACCGCAACUUGCUUCCGCUUGUGGCAUUCUACUACAGAAAAGAUGAGAAACUUUUAAUUUCAGACUUUAUUGAAAAUGGCAGCUUGGCUAGUCAUCUUCACGGUAAGCGUGGUUCAGGACAAGCAGGACUUGACUGGCCAACUCGCCUAAAGAUCAUAAAAGGAGUAGCAAGGGGGUUGACUUACCUGUACAAAGAGUUCCCUAGCCUAACUCUGCCUCAUGGUCAUUUGAAAUCCUCUAACGUGCUUUUAGACCACACGUUCGAGCCCCUAUUGACGGAUUACGCGUUGGUGCCUCUAGUAAACAAAGAUCACGCUCUAAAAGUCAUGGUGGCCUACAAGUCUCCAGAAUUCACCCAGAGUGACCGCACAACCAGGAAGACGGACGUUUGGAGUCUGGGUAUACUCAUCCUGGAAAUGUUAACCGGUAAGUUCCCAGCCAAUUAUCUUAGACAAGGCAAAGGCGGCAAUGCAGAUUUGGCGAGUUGGGUUAACUCAGUUGUUAGAGAGGAGUGGACGGGUGAGGUGUUUGAUAUGGAGAUGAGAGGUACUAAGAACGGGGAAGGCGAGAUGCUAAAGCUUUUGAAGAUUGGGAUGUGUUGCUGUGAAUGGCGAGUGGAGAGGAGGUGGGAUUUGAGGGAGGCUGUGGACAAAAUCGAGGAGUUGAAGGAUAGAGAUAGCGACUACGAUGAAUUUAGUUCAAAUGCAAGUGAAGGGGAAAUCUACUCUUCUAGAGCAAUGACCGAUGAUGAUUUCUCUUUCUCUAUCAAUGCCUGAUAUCAAGCAAGGAUACUAUUUCAGGUCUUUUAUUGGCAAUUUAUUAGUAGUUGAAACCGCAAUUAUUAUGUU